AUGCUUUCAGGUUUGUCUGUGCAUGUGCGUGUGCCCUCCCUCCAUGGCCGAUGUACCUGCAUGGACGUCAUUCUCCGACAGUUGCUCGAGCAUUAUCAAAUCCGCUCGGAUUUUCAGGCAUCUCAAACACAGAAUCCUCUUUCUUUCCUCCCCUUCCCUUCAGGUCUGCUCCACACCAUCAUGUUCCAUCGGGCACUGGGUCUCGUGCGACCCAAGAGCAUCGACUCACAGCUCUUCGAUAUCACCUAUGUGCAGUGCGGGGAUGCUGAGGUGGAGAGACAAAUAGAGGAGAAGAUUGGCCAGUUUAGUCUAUGGCUUGAAAAGAACCCCACCAAGAAGGGACAGAUCUGCCUUUCUUUCUUUGAGAAGCGCCGUCCAAUCACAAGCUCCAGCUCAUCAGCCACGUCAUCCGGUGGCACAAAAUCCGGAAGCAGCAGCAAAACCAGCAGCGCCAGCAGCAGCGGUGGUGGCGGCAGUGGCAGCAGUGGUGGAGGCAGCACAAGGAAGGACGCAGCAGCAACAUGGCUGAGUGCGAGUGCCGCCCGAUUGAGCCUAGGAUCAGAUAAGAUCACAUGGGAGCAGUGGAUUAUUCCUGUCUCUCUGCUCACCUCCCCUACAAGCAGUGCUUCUGGCCAGCCCUCCUCCUCCUCCUCUUCCUCUUCCUCCUCCUCCUCCUCCUCUCCUGCACACACCAGUGCAGUACACACCACUGCUUCCACCACCACUGCCCCCUCCACAGGUGGGACACUGCCAUCCCCUUCACCAUCCCCAUCACACUCUUUUUCCCCCACCGGUUCUCAUGCUGCUUUCGCCAACACUGCGGCGCCAUCCAGGCCUGCUACUGGCAUGUCAGUCGCAUGGCAGCAGCACCAACAGCAGGGCCAGCAGGGGCAGGAGCGGCAGCGGCAGCAGCAGCAGCAGCAGCAGCAGCAGCAGCAGCAGCAGCAGCAGCAGCAGCAGCAGCAGCAGCAGCAGCAGCAGCAGCAGCGCAUUACACAGCUAGAGGCGGAUGUGAGGGAGGCGCUGCUUUCGAUUCUCACAAUGGCCAAUGAGAAGAGAGACCAUCUACCUCCUGUCCUCACGUCCUCUCUCGUCUCUUUCCCCUUUGAAAUUUCCGUCCCAAGCAUGUCAGACUCGUUUGGAAUGGAUGUGUUGAAGAGGAUGCUGCAGACAGCACCACACCAUCUUCGCUACUGCAUGGAUAUUCAUGGCGCUUCCAAUUCCAUGGCAAUACUACCCCGUCGCGUGCUCGCUCCGUUAUCGGCGCUCGACGAAGCGUCGCUCGCGUCGUUGCUGCAGCGGCACGGACUGAAAGAGUCGCACAGCCGGACAAUUAUCAGCCACGUCAUCAGAACACGUGGCUUGGGCUCAUGGACUGACAUUCGGAAGCUGCCCCAGCCUCUGUACUCGCUACUGCAAGAUUCGUUUGUAGCCAGCACGUCGGAAGUCGUGGAGGAGAAAACAUCACAGGAUGGCGAGACGAUAAAACUAUUGAUAAGGCUACAGGACGGGUUGACUGUAGAAGCGGUGAUUAUGCGUUACGAUGCGUCAGAGGGACGCUACAAUGGGGGACAACGACCUGGGGGAGAGAGAGCCACGCUGUGUGUAUCCUCUCAGGUGGGGUGUGCCAUGGGGUGUUCUUUCUGUGCCACGGGCACCAUGUCUCGCCCCACCAGCCUCACAGCUGGGGAGAUCGCAGAGCAGCUGCUGCUGGCCUUGCAACGAGCUCCCAUUAGGAAUGUUGUAUUCAUGGGCAUGGGAGAGCCGUUCAACAACCAUGCGGCAGUGAAGGCAGCAGUAGAGCUCAUGGUGGCUCCACACGGCUUCCACAUGUCGCCCAACCACAUCACCGUCUCCACAGUGGGUGUGGUGCCGCAUAUCCGUUCCUUCGCAUCUGCCUUCCCCUCAGUCAACCUCGCUCUGUCCCUCCACGCCCCCUCGCAACCCCUCCGUGUCUCCAUCGUCCCAUCAGCUCGCGCCUACCCCCUAGAAAAACUCAUGCAAGCAGUUGACGAUUACCAAAAGGACAGUGGCAGGCGAGUCUUUAUCGAGUACAUCCUGUUAGGAGGGGUCAAUGACAGCAUCACUGUAGCACAUGAGCUGGGGCUGCUGCUGCAAUCACGCAACGUGGUGGUGAAUCUCAUUCCAUACAAUCACACGGAGGUGGUAGCAGAUUACCGGCCAUCCACUCCCGAGGCUGCCGAGGCGUUUCAGAAGGUGUUACGAGAGAGCUACGGCGCGAGUGGCGCAGCUGGCGAAGCAGCAGCAGGAGCAGUGACGGAGAGUCCGCCGUACAAUCCGGGACCGUUCGGUCGGCUCGCGCUCGCGAACUUCAGGCAAAAACUUGUGGAUGUGGUGGGAUGGAGCUCGCCUAAAGAGGGGUACGAUGGGAUGAUAGAGGAGGCGCGGGCGUUACUGCAGAUGCACGCGGAUCGAAAGAAGAGCGAGGAGGACGCGGUCACCAUUCUACGAGCCCACUUCCCGCCCUUCCUUCUGCCGCUCUUCAAGAGGUUCUUUGCUCCCUUGUGGGGCGGCCGAGUCGCUGCUGUGCUCUGUGCGUGGGUGACGCACCUCGCCUGCCAGUGGCUCAUGGGGCCCAGCAAGGUGGUGGAGAUUGAGUUGGAGGACGGGCGCAAGCAGCGGUCGGGGGUGAAGAUAGAGAAGUGCAAGUUUCUGGACGAGUCUAAGUGUGCUGGCAGCUGCAUUCACACAUGCAAGAUGCCCACGCAGGCGUUUAUGUUUCAAGACAUGGGCGUGCCGCUGCUCAUGGAGCCCAAUUUUGAGGACUUCAGCUGCGAGUUCAAGUUCGGACUGAAAUCCGUGUCGCUGGGAAGCGAGCUGCGAAGCUCUGCGAAGAAUGCGACCCUGCGAAGCCUGGCUUCGCGAGACCUGGUGAAUCAGGCUGUCUCUCUCUCCUGCGAACCCCGCAGUUUCAACGCAACGGCAGUUCCCCGCACAAAUGUCGUUUCCGUUUCCGCUUCCGUCAUUCCUCCAGUAACCGCCGCUUCCGCUGCGGCAGUAACCGCGUUUCAAGGGACGCCUGUGCGUACAACGAGUGUGCUUGUAGUGGGAGCGACGGGGACUCUGGGCCGUCAGAUCGUUCGCAAGCUUCUGGACGACGGCUUCGAUGUUCGCUGCCUCGUGCGACCUCGACCACAGCCUGCGGAUUUCCUCCGCGACUGGGGUGCAACGGUCGUUAAUGGCGACCUCACCCGCCCGGAGACCCUCCCUGCGGCGCUGGUCGGCGUGCACACGGUGAUUGACUGCGCGACGGGGCGUCCCGAGGAGCCGAUUCGAACCGUGGACUGGGACGGCAAGGUGGCGCUGAUUCAGGCGGCGCAGGCGAUGGGCGUGCAGCGGUUUCUCUUCUUCUCCAUCCACGAGUCAGAGCAGCACCCCGAGGUGCCGCUGAUGGAGAUCAAGAGCUGCACGGAGAAGUUUCUCGAACAGAGCACGCUUAACUACACCACCAUCCGCCUCUGCGGCUUCAUGCAGGCAUUGAUUGGCCAAUACGCCGUGCCAAUCCUGGAGGAGCAAUCCGUGUGGGGUACAGACGCCACCACUCGCAUUGCCUACAUCGACUCGCAGGACGUGGCUCGCAUGACCAUGGCUGCGCUGAGGAAUGAGAAGACCUACCGAAAGACCAUCACCCUCGCUGGACCCAGGGCGUGGACCACGCAGGAGGUGAUCGCUCUGUGUGAGCGGCUGGCUGGGCAGGACGCCAAGGUGACAACAGUGCCGGUGGGAGUGCUGAAAGUGACCCGCAAGAUCAUGCAGUUCUUCCAGUGGACGUCUGACGUGGCUGACAGGCUGGCGUUCUCCGAGGUGCUGACGAGCAAUGCGGUGUUUUCAGCGCCCAUGACGGAGACCUACAAGCUGCUGGGGCUGGAUCCCAAGGAUACCACCACACUCGAGCAGUACCUGCAGGAGUACUACACGCAGAUCCUGCGCAAGCUGAAGGAUUUGAAAGCCACGUCCAAGCAGGGUGACUACUACUUGUAA